AUGGCGACUGACGCGGAUUUGUUAUCGUCGGUAGAUUUCUCGGUUUUGGAAAAUGCGCCAACGCUACCAACGCAUUCAUCGGAGUACACAGAUCCAUUGAUACUGGAUAGCGUUGAUAGUCUCAACAUCAACCUCGACGGUUUAGAUCACUCUUUAUUCGCCCCACCACCAGCAGAGACUCAAAUAAGGAACAAGUCAUUCUUCAGCGUUGACAGUGGCCAUAUACCCACAUCAAUAGGCUCUUUACCACGCUUCCGCAAGAAUGCUGACGUAGAAGCAGAUCCGAGCUCGCACCACAAUCAGCAGAUAGGCGGGAUGGGUGACAGCCUGUUAUCUUCGCAGUUCAGAUUCUACACCAGCCAGCCAAUAGUGCAGUCAUCACGAGCGAAAUGUUUAGUUAACAGCGUUGCGACAAUCGCAGGUAUAAAUUCAGGUUCACCAAUUGACAGCUUGUCUAUACAAUUUGCUAGGUAUGCAGGCAUACAGUAUGACACACUGUUUCCUGCUGUGCAAGUCGAAGACAGCUUCGGGAAUGUGUUGGAUGUCGUCGGACAAGUGAGCGUGCCUUUCCAGCUGCGCAAGAUUGAGGAAGAGAGGUUGUUCGCAGUGAUAAACACUCCGCGCAGCUUUGUUAGUCUCGGUAUGCCCUUCCUCAGCAACCACAAUCUAGACAUAGACUGGAAGUGCAAGACAUUCUCGACCGCGAAAGCGGUGAGUAAGGAGUGGAAGCGGAGGAAGAAGGAGGAGAGAAGGCUGCUCGCUGAGAAGGAGCAUGCGCAGCAGGCGGAGAAGGACGCAGACGUGCUCAGCCACGAAGCGAGGAUGCGCGAGUUGGAUCGGAUGAUGAAGAAGCGCGAAAGAGAGAGCAGCCUUACAGAUCAAAUUCUUGGAACAGACCGGGUUGCUCAAAGUAGACCCUCCGCGGUGGCUCAGAUACGUGAUAGAGACAAUAAAAUCAGAAACACCAAUGAGACUCAAGCGAGAAAUAAGAGAGAGAAAUUCAGGAAGCCAAACAAUGAGCAUGAUAUUAAGCAGGGCAAGAUGCAAUUGAAUAGACAGAACAUUAUACAGAACAUUAUGCAGAAUAACAAGCAAGGACCUCAAAAUGCAAAUAAGCAUGCGCGUGCUCAUAACAGAUUGUUCCAAUUAAUUACUAACCGCGCAAGUACGCCGCAAUAUACCCGAAUGAGACAGCAGCCAACACGACCUACACAAAUUGGACCAGAAGAAGGGGAAAUUCGGGAAGCUGAAGAUGGCGAGAUUGUAGAAGGCGAUCAAGGCGACAGAAGCCGGAGUAGUAGUAUUGAAAUCAUAAGCAGCACUAACAGGAAUAGGAACAGCCAAAGCAACUGUGUUAACCCAGGCAACCGUGUACACCAAAGCAAUCAUAUCAACCGAACCCCAAGUAAUCGUGUCAGCCAAAGCAUGCAUGUCAACCCAAGCCCAAGUAACUGCGUCAACCAUAGCAAACAAAAUGUUCAAACCGAACAAAAUAACCAAAACAACAGUCCACGCACCCAAAUUACACACAACACACAGAGUACAUAUAACACACACAACAACAUCCAAGACAAUUCACACGACGGCUCGAUGGUUAUUGACUUGACACUAGAUGAAAGCGAUGAGGAUGCAAACAACGAAAAAGAAGAGCAGUUGGUUGUGCAGACUUUACAGUGGUAG